AUGGCGACGACCUCGGGUCCCCGCGAUAUGGCGAUUAGGGCGGGUCAAAUGAUUAUCAUCUGUGAGACUUCAGUUGGCUCUGCCCGAGAGCAAAAUGCUUUGCAUGCAGCCAGUUCGGUCAUUGAUGAUAAGCUAUCUCGACCAGGCGACCCCAUACUGCUGGAGAAGCAGUUGAAGAAUGAGGGCUCACCAUUGAGCUUAGAUGACUUCAUAAAUAGAGAACGAGAUGUAGCAAAGGAGGGACCAGCACAGAUAAUGGAAUUAAGGAAAAUAGUCACUCAUGAUACUAGGAAAUCCGCAGAAGACCUUAGUGUUACUGCAGAGCAAAAUAAUGUAUGUGACAAGAAUAUGUUUUCGGUGGAAUGCAGAGGAACUUCUUGGGGAAAAGAAGGAAAAGAUACGCUCAAACCUGCGAUACACCUCAUUAACUCAUCUGAGAUUAAAGCCGAGUACGAAAAGGAAGGUGGUUUUCGAAACUCGCCCGUAUCCCCACUCUCGGCCGAUGCCACUAAUAAAACUGACAAACGUCUUGGAUUCGGUGGCCCAUGCGACUUGAAAAAGGCAGAAGAGGCCUGGGAUCUGACAUUGGAGACAUGCAGGAGGCUGGCAGCUCGAACCAGAGGACCGACUCUGGCGGGCAAAAGCAAGGUUCCUCUUCAUCGACCUCAAUCACCAUCGUUCUAUGCUCAGACUCAAUUGUCUGCUACCGAGCGUAAACGUGUCUGUGGUAAUUCACCUGAGCCCCAACGAUUAGUACACACUACUGACGAUCUUGACUGGCUUGUUGCUGCCAACAGACCUGAAUCUCGUUCUACCGCCCCGCUUGAGCGGAUUCUAGCUGAAAUGCCUGAGCAAGAACUUGAACAGGAGAUUGGAUCUCCUCUAGGCCGACUUCGAGCCAAACCACAGCUAAAAGGAGCCUGUGCUACAGUCGAAAAUGGAACGCCGAGGGCCGCCUCGUUAGUAGGCUCUGAUGAGCUACUUGGUCUGCCCAGUUUUGACAUAGCCAGUCCAACGGAUUUUGCUGGCGGCGAUUCGACGACCACAAAUCUGCUAUCUUGUGAACUUGCUGUACAUGAAGAGGCCGCUAUUGCAGAAGAGAGGGAAGAAGAUGAGAUACUUGGGUCAGAUGAAAUUCUGCUGCCGAUUUCCGGCAGAACUAGGGCUAUUGAAUCUUGCUAUAGCAGCUUUUCGCGACGAAAAACAGCGUGUUUAGCAACAAGUAAUGGUCUUCUCCCUAUGAUCACACCACGAUCCUCUUCGUCUUCCAUCUCUGACACGAAGGCUGAAUCCAACUUGGCUGCUGCAGUUGCCGAACCUGAGGCGGAUACCUCGGAGUGGGAGGGUAAUUCAGACGAUUUAGGACCUGCUGGCACCCGGCCUCAAAUACUUAAUGGCACCUAUUCUCGAAUCACGCCCGGGACUGAAAGUGAUAAACUCACCAGUAGAUGCCGACGCGACGACUCACCAGACACCAGCAGCCUCGAACAAGAUAGCGCACUGUCCUCAUCCUCGGCUGCUGCGGUUGGAGUUUACUCCGUUCACGCUGACAGGUUGAUGGGGAUAACACCAUCUGACCAAGAAGCCAGCAGACCAGAUUUUCGGCAAGAAGCCAUGUCGAAGUCCAAUAACAACUCGUCUUCAUUAAAGUCCGCAAGCAAACCUGCAACUUUUCAUGGCCCUUAUCCAUCCUCAGGCUCUCCAGAGAAACCAGGCCGAACGACUGGCUGCAUUAUUUCUCUUAUUUCUACCAACAACAGCCGGCUAAAUGACAAUGUCUCCAUGGUCGAAACUCGGGCAAAUAUAUCCCCAAAAGAUUCAGUAAAUGACCAUGCUCCGAUCGCUUUCUCGUCAGCGCAAUCUUUACAAAUCCAACCUCAUUCUUUAAACUCCCCAAGGGUGUCAGAUAAUUCAGAAUGCAGCCAAAGCAACCCUGACACUGAGCUUAGCUGUGUUGACGAAGGUCUAAUGCCACCUGGUCGACCAACUCUUGUUGAAUUAGAACAAGGCUGCGCUACAAUUGGUCGCCAACUGGAGCUGACUGGCGACCGGCUGGCCUGGUGCUCUGCCGAACUGGAAGCUGUGCAGGCGAUUGCAAGCGGACCAUGCUCACCUCCUUCCCAAUCCAGUCACUCGUCCUUUACAAUGACGCCACUUGCCCAGGUAAAAAGUCGGCCAUGA